CAUCAAUCUUUCAGUUGCAAUCCUUCGUUCCUAGAACUUCUACACAAUCAUGCGCUUCUCAACCAUCAUUACCGCCCUCAUCCUCCCCGCAGGCCUUCUCGCCGCUCCCCUGGUAGAAACCCGGCAAGCGAGACCCCCAAAACCAAAGCCAUGCGUGCGCAUGUCUCCACCACCCGACGCAAACACCACCAAAACGCGCUUCGACGCUUUCGCAAACGCAUUCAUCUACACCAAAAACAUCACGAAAGCGUUCGAAUACAUUGCGCAGGACUACAUUAACCACAACCCUGCCGCCCAAAACGGCUUCGAUUCGGCAUGGAAUAUACUAUCGCCUAUUUGGGACUCGCAGUCUAUUACCCCGCUUCGCACGCUUUACAAUGGGACGUCGAAUCAGGGAUGGGUGAAUUAUAGGACGGGAAGCUUUGGGGAAGUUGUUGAUCGGUUCCGGUGGGAGGCUGGGUGUAUUGCUGAGCAUUGGGAUCAAGGAGAGAAGUUUCCAUCGACUCAGUAG